CCCCUUUAAGGAUGGCACAGCUGGAGGCGGGAUGGAAUGGUCCCGCCCUCCUUCAGUCGGCUUUCGUUGAUUGGGCGACUGGGACGUCAAUCUGUGCCCUGCGCGGCCGGGACGUCGUGCGCGUCGGACUUGACUUCCGGUGAGUAGAGAGGCUGGCGGAGGGCCGGACGCCAUGUUUGAUGGUGGAGUCUAGUCGGUUGUCUGUCCGGCCGAGCGGCCCGCCUCCCUGCCGAGCCUCGAUUUUACUUCUUCGUCCGACGGGGCGGGGGGCCGUGGUGCCCUCUGCGGUCCAUCAGCGGCGGCUGGGACGGGGAGAGGGCGGGAGGCCGCGCCCGAUGGCGGCGCGGCUCCGGCAGCCGCUGUGAAAGGAGAAUCGGGGUAGCACUCAUCCAAGAGAGUUUUGGUGAUGAUGCACCAUGGCAGUGGUCCACAAAAUAUACAGCGCCCACUGCAGAGAUCCAAGUCGUAUACUGGCGCCGAGGGAGAUGAACAGACUGCAUUACCCCAUUCUCCUGUCACGCCGUUUGCUCCAGCUCUCAGCCCAGUGCCACACACUGUGGCCAGUCCUUCUGGGCCACAGUCCCCAAGUUAUCAGCUGCAACAGCUUAUCAUGAACCGGAGUCCAGUGUCUGCCCAGAACGUCAACAUCACGCUGCAGAAUGUAAGCCAGGUGAUGGCCGGGAAUCAGCAGAUCACGUUGGCCCCCCUUCCAAUUCAAAACCCAGCAUCCCCAAGUUUCCAGUACAGUUCUCAGGCUGUGGGGCAGCAAAGGCGGUUUGAUCAUGGAUCCCCAUCAUAUAUUCAAGUCACUUCUCCUUUGCCUCAAGUGCAGCCGCAGAGUCCCACACAGCACAGCCCUGCAUCAAUGUUACAGGGUGUGCAGCGGACAGGGGCAACAGCUACGGGAUUGAGUAUGUGCAAUCAGAGCCCAACCCGAGGAUUUGUGGAUGCCAACGUGCUGGUCAGGCAGCUUAACCUCAGCCCAUCGAGUGCUGGGCACUUUGUAUACCAAGAUCCAUCUGGUCUUACUCAGAUCACUUCAAGUGUUGGCGGGCAGGUGCAGUUGACGACAGCUGCCACAUCAGUUUCUGUAUCACGGGAACGUAGACUCUCACAGCCACACUCCCAGACUGGUGGAACCAUUCAUCACCUUGGCCCUCAGAGCCCGGUGGCUAGUGGUGCUAUGCAGCCCUUGCCCAGCCCAAGCCACAUCACCACGUCGAACCUGCCUCCGCAGAUUAGCAGCAUCAUACAAGGACAGCUGAUACAGCAACAGCAGCAAGUUCUUCAUGGUCAGCAGAUGGCCAGGCCUGUAAAUUAUGAAAGGACACCUGUAUCCUUGACCACAGGAGUGGUAGGGCCAUCAACUUUUGGAAUAACAUCACCGCCGCCUCCUUCUAGCCCAUCUCGGAAUGCUGUAGCUCAGGGCUUGGCACCGCCGUGUCUUACACCCACCACCACUUGCAUCCCAGUUGUGAGGAAACAACCAAAGAAGUUGGAAGAAAUUCCACCUGCUACUCCAGAGGUUUCUCAAAUGAGAAAGCAGUGUUUGGAGCACCACCUUGCUCAAAUGGAGACUCUGAGGGAGACAUUUAAGGAUUACUUGAUUGAACUUUUCUUCCUUCAGCACUGUCAGGGAAAUAUGAUGGACUACUUGGCAUUCAGAAGGAAACCCUGUAUGGCCUUGUUGGCAUAUCUGAAGCAAAGCGAUUUGGACCUUGAAGAAGAGGAGGAGGAGGAGCAAUCUGAGGUCAUCAAUGAUGAGGUAAAAGUGGUGACAGGAAAGGAUGGCCAGACAGGGACGCCAGUUGCCAUAGCAACACAGCUUCCCCCUAAUGUUUCUGCUGCAUUUUCAACACAGCAGCAGCAACAGUUUCAGCAGACACAUCAAGGUACCCCUGUGGCAGGCACAGCCAAUACAGUGGAGAUUGAAGCUUUCAAAAGACAGCAGGCUUUAGUUCAAGCAGAUCAGAAUAAAAGGCCACGGAUAGAAGGUGGUCGUCAUGGAAUGGUUUUCCAGCAUACAUCUGUGACUACUUUAGGAUCUCCAGCUAUUGUUCCCUUACAGCAACUCAUGCCAACAGUGCAGGGUGGAAUGCCCCCCACUCCUCAGACGAUACAGCUCACGGGCCAGAAACAAAGCCAACAGCAGUACGAUCCUUCCAAAGGGCCGCCAGUGCAGAAUGCAGCCAGCCUGCAUACACCACCACCCCAACUGCCUGCUAGACCUACAUCUAUACCAUUGACCCCAAUCCCAGCUGCCAUUCAGUUGGCACAACAGCACAUGGUUGAAACCCAGCUGCAGCCCCAUACCCAGCUCCAGCCUCAACCCAUUCUCCAGGCCCAGGCCCAAAACAUCCUUCAGGUCAAGAACCAGCCACAGCCCAUUUCUCUUUCUCAGUCUCAGACUCAACUCCAGUCUCAGCUCCAGCAGCAGGUGCAAGCUCCACUUCACGUACCGAUGCAAACUCAACCAUCAGCACAACUUCAGCAGUCACAAGCACACCUUCCACAACAGACUGUGACGUUGAUGCGAUCAACGAGUGAGACUGGCCAGGCAUGCCAACGACUGAUUGCCAACUCACUGCCUACCUCAUCUGUGCCGCAAGUGACCCUUUCAGGGACAGUUUCCUCUGCUCCUGUGCAUCAAACGUUGACUCGGCCAGUGUCGCCAGUUUUGCAAGCAAAGUCACAAGGGUUGGUUGGCCUAUCUGUCAUAGCACCACCCAAAGCCCAAGUGGUAUUACAGAAUUCAGCACCUGCUUCACAGGAAAACACUACGAACGCACAAGAUAAAGUUGUUGAACAAGUGAAACAGGAAAACCAGAUACAUCAACGGAUUUCAGAACUUAGGAAAGAAGGGUUGUGGUCAAUGAGAAGACUACCACGACUCCAGGAAGCACCACGGCCGAAAUCUCACUGGGAUUACUUGCUGGAAGAAAUGCAGUGGAUGGCAGCAGAUUUUGCUCAAGAAAGGAGGUGGAAGAUGGGCAUUGCUAAAAAGCUUGCACGGACUGUUGUACGGCAUCAUGAAGAACAGAGGCUGAAUGAAGAGCGAGCCAAGAGAGAAGAACAUGCCAAAUUAAGAAGAAAAGCAGCCUUGGUGGCAAGAGAAGUGCUGCACUUCUGGCGUAAUAUUGAAAAGGUUGUAGAAGUCAAAUUGCAGCUUUACAUGGAGGAACAAAGGAAGAAAGCAUUACUUCUACGAAAGGGGUCAUCAAACAAAGAUCAAAUUUCUGUCUCUUCUUGGCCUCUGUCAGAAAAGCAAAGUGAGACAGAUCCAUUGGGUAAUGAAAGCAGAAGAAAAUCUGGUGAUACUGGGGAUGCAGUGGAAGACUGUGAGGAAACCAUUGAAGAACAGGAAGCCAUCGAAGGCAUUAUUGACCAUCAAACUGAACUGGCAGACCUAGCCAAGCAAGCUGAAAUGCCUCUGGAAGACCUUGUUCGACAAUAUGCUGGCGCUUAUUCUGAAAACUUUGACUGGCCGGUUCCAGAUUCUUCUGACAGCGAAGAUGAUGAUUGUGAGGAUGAUGAAGAAAUGGAAGAAGAGUUUACUGCUGAAUUUGGCUGUCCGGAGCAAGAGGUGGCUAUUGAUUCCUUGCUGAGUGUUGACCAGUACAGGGUGGCAGAGAGACUGAAUACCAAUCCAGCUGAAGGGAGGAGACCAAGAAAGGACAUCGCUGAAGUUUCUGCUGCUGCCGAACCUCUCCUGCCAAAGGGCAUAGCUCGAUAUUCAUCCUCGGUGAGGAAUGCUGCCCCUUUCUUGCUUCAUGGGACUCUCCGGGAAUACCAGCAGAUUGGUGUGGACUGGUUAGCUGCUCUGCAUCGAAGAAAGUUAAAUGGGAUUUUGGCUGAUGACUCGCGCUUAGGCAAGACUGUACAGAUCAUUGGUUUCCUAGCCCAUCUUGCCUCAAAUGAAGGCAUCUGGGGUCCACAUUUGGUGGUAGUGCGAACUUGUAAAAUGCUUAACUGGGAAAUGGAAUUCAAACGAUGGUGUCCAGGACUCAAGAUCAUGAUGUACUUUGGCACAAGGAAAGAACGCAGAGUCAAAAGGGAGUGUUGGACGGAGCCCAACUCCUUCCAUGUGUGUAUCACCUCAUAUAAGCUGCUGUUAAAGGACAUGCAAGCGUUCCGGAGGAAGCGAUGGAAAUAUCUGAUACUAGACGAGGUCCAGCAGCUUAGGAACACGACUGAGCGGCACUGGGAGGCCCUGUUCAAUCUCAAGAGUCAACAGCGCUUGCUUUUGAUUGGGACUCCUUUACAAAAUACCCCAAUGGAGCUCUGGACCAUGAUGCACUUCCUGCUGCCUGGAAUUUCCAGAUCUUACCUUGAUUUCCCUGUGAAAGUAGGAACAGAUGAAAAUCAAGACUAUUGCCACAAAUUAGUGAUAAGGAUGCAUAGGAUGAUUCAGCCAUUCAUCUUGCGGCGAUCAAAGAGAGACGUGGAGAAGCAGCUGCCGAAGAAAUAUGAGCACAUUCUGAAAUGCUGCCUGUCAAAGAGGCAGAAGAUCAUGUAUGAAGAUGUCAUGUUCCAGUCUAGCACAACGGAAGCCCUGCGGUCUCGCCAUUUUGUUAGUGUUCUCAACCUCCUGAUGCAGCUGCGGAGGAUAUGCAAUCACCCCAACCUGAAAUGUCCCAGGGCUGUCUGUUCGGCGUAUGUUUUCAAAGCACUACAGUAUUCCAUUGCAUCUCUAGUGUUGAAAACGCUUGAAUAUGAUCCUUGGAAAAAUGUAGACUUGUCUGCCUUCAAUCUAGCUGGGAUUGAAAAUAAACUGUCUCGACAUGAGACUGAGACAGUCAUGCCCAAGCGGAAGGUGACGAGGAAACUUAUUGAAGAAAUCUACAACUCGCCAGAUCUUCCACCUAGACCCAGACCUGUUAAAGUGAAAGUCAGCAAGUUGUUCCAGCCAGUGCAGUAUGGACAAAAGCCAGAUGACAGGACUGUUGUGGUCGUUGGUACACAGCCUCAGCGUACACCCAGUAUGGCUUCAGCAGCUGCAGCCCAUCAGGGACAAGUGCGUGGGAAAUCUUCAGCUGUUGCUGUGCCUGCUUCUCAGGUUAUGACUUCUGCCCAAGCAGUGACUCCGUUACAGAUGACUCAGACUUCUGCCAGUGCACCGGGACAGCAGCAGGCGGUCAACAGCACCAUCACCUCUAGCACAGCCAGUCCAGCCCUGGUCAGCACAGCAGGCCUGGUCACCCAGCAGGGACAGGCUGCAUCCCAGGCCUUGCACUCUGGCCAGGCCCAGCAACAGGCCACCUCCGUUCACACCGUCCCGACAACCAAUGUGCUGCAUCAGAGGCUGGUGCUGUCCUCUCAGGCCCAGGCACGGUUGCCUAGUGGAGAAGUUGUCAGCAUUGCCCAGCUUGCCUCCAUAGCUGGUGGGCAAGGACGAGGCACCCAGACAAGUCAGCCUGUGACACUGCACUUCCAAGGCAACAAGUUCACGUUGUCCAGCAGUCAAUUGCGUCAGCUUACCGCAGGCCAACAUCUUCAGUUACAAGGUAAUGUUCUCCAAAUCGUGUCAGCACCUGGGCAACAGAUUAUGCGUCACCAAAAUCAAGCUCUGAUGCAAGCACCAUCCCAGGGCAGCGCAGUCCAUAAUGCAUCUGCUGCCUCGGGAAACCAGCAAGGAAUAGCACCCGCUUCUGUUCCCACCCCUAUUUCAACACAAGCAUCUUUUCUAACGACCAGAACAGUUGGUAGCUCAGCAUCUGGUGAGCAAGGAGCAAUCCUGAGACCAAUAUCCUCUCUAGGUUCUGCUGCACAGGAUUCAAUAGAAGAAAAGAAGAGGCUUACAAAGGAGCGUUUGGAUAGAAUAUUUUUGAUAAACGAGCGGCGUUGCUCUGUGGUACCAGUGUAUGGUACAGAGUUGUUGGGAGUCUGUUUUUUGAUUGGUGAAUAUAGACUAACCAAACCCAAAUCAACGAUGAAUUCCUGGCUUUCCUCUGGUUAUGUGAAUUGCUGUAACUUUCAGCAGUCAAUUAGUGACUCCCUUGGCACUGAGACAUCUUGGAAAUGGACAGACGCAUUAUCACAGGCAAUCUUAACUACAGAUCAGAGGCAAGAUAGUAUGCAGGACGUUAUUAAAAGGGUUCAUUGUGUUGUUCCAAAUGUAGUGGCUCCUCCACCAACUCUUUACACGUUUAACCCUCCACCUCCAUACGUACACCACAUGCGGCUGUUUAAGUCUAAUCUGAAGAAGGAGCUGGCUCCGUACUUCCCACAGCUACAGCGGAUUACGUCUACAACAAUGCUACAGUUAACCGACCCAAGGCUCAUACAGUUUGACUCAGGGAAGUUGGAGGCACUGGCUGUUCUGCUUCAUAAAUUAAAAUCGGAAAGGCGGCGAGUACUGAUAUUCACACAGAUGGUGCAAAUGUUGGACAUCCUGGAGAGUUUCCUAGACUACCACAAUUUUGCUUUUGUGAGGGUUGAUGGAAAUGUUCACCUUACUCAACGACAGGCACUGAUGAAACUUUUCAAUACCGAUAAGCGGAUCUUCUGUGCCAUCCUUUCCACUCGCGGUGGUGCUGCGGGGGUUAAUCUGAUAGAUGCUGAUACUGUCAUUGUGUAUGACAGUGACUUGAAUCCAACCCUGGAUUCACAGGUCCAGGAAUGGUGUGACAGAAUAGGAAAGUGCAAAGAUAUCCAUAUAUACAGACUGGUUAUCGGCAAUUCCAUUGAGGAGAAACUUCUCAAGAAUGGUACGAAGAAUUUAAUUAAAGAUGUGGCUUCACAUGGGAGCCACUAUUGCACAGCAUACUUACAGCAGCAAACGGUCCGAGACCUAUUUGAAAUCCCUGCAUUUUUGGGGGAGUCUGCCUUGAAGGUGAAGACAGAGGAGUUUGUCGUGCUCUCCCAGGUGCCGUCCUUGGCAAACCAGAUCUCGCUGAAGGAGACUAAACCUUUCUUGGAGGCACUAAAUAGCAUUGAACAGGAAAGUGGUGAUCUCAGUAAAUCAGAGUUGACAGCAAGGGCAGAACACAGGGAUGGCGUUGAAAAAGUCACGGAGAAGCGUAGGUGUGCGAGCUAUGAAGAGCCUGCCUACCUGGACGGACUGGCAGCACUUGUUGAGCAGCUUACCCCAGUUGAAAAGUAUGCAAUGAAUUAUUUGGAGCUGACUCAAGCAUUUAUAACACCAGCAGAGCAGAAACUACCUGAAGAUCAGGUAAAAGCUGCUAAGCGAGUGUGGGAGUUUGGACAGUUGCACACUCUGAAAGAGGAAAAGAAGAGACAACUAGAAGAUGAAGAAAACGAUAUGUUGUUUACUUACAGCCGGGAGGAUGCGUACAACAAGGAAUAUGUGAAAGAAGGUGAGGACGGUCAGACUGAAAUAAUGCCUAUCUGGACUCCUCCAACACCGCCCCAGGAUGACAAUGAUAUCUAUAUGGAUCCAGUAAUGUGCCUGAUGUAUGAUACAACUCCAAUUCAGGAGUCCAAGCUGCCCCCAGUUUAUGUCCGAAAGGAACACAAGAGAUUAAAGAUGGACCCCUCAGCUGCCGGAAAGAAGUUUAAGAAAGCUCGGCACGGAGAGCCAGUCACUCCGCCCCGGUCAUUGUUCGACAGAUCAACACCCUGCAUGCUCAAGAUGCGCCGUGAGGCUAAAGACCAGAAGAAGAACAUGUUCAUGAAACAGCAGGCACCGUUUGCUAAACCCUUGCCCACACUGACCAAAACCCCUGCAGAUGGUGGAACAGACAGCCCAGAGUGGCUGAUCAGUGAGGAUUGGGCACUGCUGCAGGCUGUGAAACAAUUGCUGGAGUUGCCUUUAAACUUGGCCAUCAUCUCACCAGCACACACACCAAACUGGGACCUCGUCAGCGAUGUUGUUAAUUCCUGCAGCCGCAUUUACAGAUCACCCAAACAGUGUCGCAACAGAUAUGAGAAUGUCAUAAUACCGCGAGAAGAAGGAAAGUUGAUAUAUGAUGCUAAUCCAAAGAAAAAAACAAAGAGCAUUUACAAGAACAAGAAUAGUCGCCCAUUGCGAACCAGCCAAAUCUAUGCACAGGAUGAGAGUGUUAUGCAUACGCAACUCUUCACAAGCCACUUUGAGCUUGUAAAGCUUAUAGCUGGUAAAAGAAGCCCGCCAAUCAAACCUAUGCUAGGAAUGAAUCCAUUCCAGAAGAAUCCAAAGCAUGCAUCUGUGUUGGCUGAGAGUGGAAUCAACUAUGACAAGCCCCUGCCACCAAUCCAGGUUGCCUCACUUCGAGCUGAACGUAUAGCAAAAGAGAAGAAGGCUUUAGCAGAACAGCAGAGAGCUCAGCAUCUGGCACAGCAGCAGCAACAGCAACAGCAGCAAGCUCAGCAAAAUUCCCAGACAGCUGUUCAACAGCAACAGAGCUCACAGGCUCCGGCUGCAGUGGUUCAGCAGGCCCAAGCUGUCGUUCAGACUGCUGCAUCCACAGUUGCCAACACUGCAGUGCUGCAGGCUGGAGCUAUCAAAACAGCACCUGGUACAACAAAUAUUCAGACUGCCACUGUGGGAGGCAAUGUCAUCGUGAACACAGCAGCAGGAGUACAGCAGAGUACCUUCCAGCCUAUUAAUAAACGGCUUACACAGCAGGUUAUCCCUGGAACCCUACAUUAUCCAUCUGCAGGAGGUACUACAGCCCAAGUUGUACAUGCUCAGCAAAGGACAGUAGCCACAUCUGCUGCUACCACAGAAGUUGUAGCCAUAGCAACCAACCAGGGUGUCCGAGCUGCAAUGGCCCCAGUUACAGCCACAAGCUGCAGCUGCAGCGGCAGUGGUGUCCACCAACCUGACUCCAGUGCAGAGCCAGACCAAUCACUGGUCACACAGGGUCACCCCCAGGUAGGGCAGUUUCUACACUGUUAUGAUUUUUCAUCUUCAGCUACAGGCAUUCAGCUGACCACUGGAAAACCCAUUCCUCAAACACAGAUUCAGCUCUUCAGGCAACCGCAGACUGCUCCCGUACAAGUCCAACAAAUCCAACCCCAGUCUCAACCCUCGGCACAGCUGAAGGGGGUCCAGAAGAUACCGGACCAUUUAUUAAAACUGAAGCAGAAGCAACAGCAGCAACAACAGUUAGCACAGGUGACACAGAGGAGUGCUGUCCUUGCUGGUCCAGUAACCAAUCUCCCAGUCGCUCGCAUUGCCAGAGUUUCUACAUCACAGCUUCAAGCUCAAGGGCAGAUUCAGGCACAGCCAGCACCAACUGCUCAAGUUACCCUCACAAAACCGCCAGUUGUGUCUGUCCCCACGGCAGUCGUGUCCUCGGGUGUGACAACCCUUCCUGUUACAGUGGCUGGAAUUAGCAUGGCUAUUGGUCAGCCCCAGAAAGGAUCAGCAGGAGGGCAACCGGUGGUGAAGGCUGCGAUACCAUCGCACCUUUCACAGAUGCAAGUACAGCAGCUUCUGAAACUCAAACAGCAGCAACAACAGCAGCAGCAGAAAGCAGGCCAGUCCCAGGUAACACAGGGACAAGCAGCUGUGCAGGCUGCUGCAAUCACUGCGCAGCAGAAGAUAACACAGCAAGUUACACUGCAGUCACAACAGCAACAACAGCCUCCACAACAACAGCAGCAGCAGCAGAAGGUUACUUAUACCACCGGCCAACUUCAGUCAGGAAUAAAGCCACAGUUCCUGAGUGCUCAGGCUCAGAAGCAAACAGGACCACAGCAGAUGCAGGCACAGAUUCAGGUUACAAAACUACCACAAAUGGUUCAACAGCAAGCAACUGUGGGGAGUAUCCAGCAGAUGGUAUCGACAGCUCAUCAGGUCCAGACACAGCCACAGACGAUGACCUUGUCGCAGGCAACCACGGGGCAGCAGGUGCAGGUGAUCCCUGCAGCCGCUACCUCUCAGGUGGUACAGCAGCAACUGAUCCAGCAGCAGGUGGUAACGGCUGCCUCUCCGCAGAUCCAGGCACCCACCCCCCAGAGCCCUGUUCAGCCCGCUGCAGCCUCGGAUGGUCAGGGCCAACAGGCCAAAGUACAAGUGCGAACGGCCCCUACCGUGAGACUGAAAGCCCCCAUGAAACCCAACUGAGCCCUGCUGAACAGAAGACAAAGCCCACCACUAAAGAAUGUGCUUGCAGCAUUAGCUGGACUGUACUCAGAACAAAUUGUACUAAGUUUGUUUCCACUCCAUUGUGUCAUAGUUAAUGUAUAGAAAAUCUGGCACCCAUAAAUGUUAUGUAAGUCAUUUAAUAUUGAAUCUUGGUGUUAAUGUAACAUGUUGAUGCACAGCAGAAAUUCUGUAAAUCUUUUUAAAAAAGGAUAAUUCUAAGGUUUAACCUUAGCAAUCUUGUACAUACUGAUCUCCUCUGGGCACAUGUUUAAUGUGCUCCUGUAUUUGUUAAAUUCAGAAAGUGGAUGUUUUGGCAUGUGUUGAGUAUUUGUAAAUCCAUAAUUUAGUUGGAUGAAUGUUAAGUACUUAACUGUAGUAUUUUUUUCAUUACGUGACAAAUGGAAUGGAGCCUGCGGUAAUUGAUCGUUGGAAUUAGUUGUAUUCAACAUUCCUUAUCUUAGAAAAAGACCGGUCUAUAAACAAACUUUUGAUACAAUGUUUUGUAUUUUUGUUACAUUUUUUCAUUGCGCAUUCAUGUUUCAGGAUUUGUUUUAAAGUGAUGUUUAUUUUUAAUUCUGUAUGUAUAUGCACAUUAAAAAUGCAAUCUAUGCUGAAAAGUUAUUCCCCUCUAGUUCUUAGUGUACAUGUUGUACAGUAUUUGUUAUGGUUUUGCAUAGCACCAUGUUAUAACAUCCUGAAACCUGUCCUUGGAAAUGAUAUAUAUCCGUUUAUGAUCAGCAAAAAGAAAUUAAGAAUAAAAUUGUACAUAAGUGUUUUUGUUGAUCACUCAGUGGCAUUGCUUUUUAUCUCUUCAGCUGAGCCAGAUGUAGAUUUUCUUUCAAAUAGCCGUGGUAUUUUUGUUACUUAUGGUAUUGGUGAAGGGCGAUGGAUAAAGUUUCAGUGACAACCCAAGACAACUGAGACCAAAGAGAGAGUUUUACGAUUGCAGCCAACCUGAGAGAAAUGUUGAUUUCCAAUGAUACUGUUUGAAAUUACUGUUACACUGUCAAAGUAUACCAUAUUGUUAGUUGUAUCCAUAAACCACUGCUACAACAUUGUAAUAAAUUAACAUAUUUGUAAAUGCACUGCACCUGUUACUGAGAACUCAUUUCAAACCUAUUUCACCUUUUCAUUCUGCCUUCUUCCUUUCCAGUCCUGAUGAAGGGUCUCAGCCCAAAACCUGGACUGUUUAUUUCCCUCCAUGGAUGCUGCCUGACCUGCUGAGUUCCUCCUGCAC